UGUUUUCGGUAAAAUGUUUGCAUAAUAAUGUUUGAGCGUUUAAGCGAAAAGCCUGUUUAUAAUUGCUCCGGUUUCAGUUACGAAAUACAUACCUCUUGAAUCGCGGAAAUAAGCAUUCACGACGCAGUCAAAGUCGAACCGGCUGAAGAAAAACCGAGUACCUUGGUGCUCCUGAAAGAGAUGGAGAAUGAGCCACAGCCUGGUACAUUUUCUGCUCCUUUUGUAACCACUUCAGCCGCUCUAAAAUCAUUGGGUUGUGUCACAUACGCCCUGUUCUACAUCUGGCAAGUUAUCGGUUUGAUCCUGUACACCAUUCGUGCCUUUGAAACGAGUCUCUUGGCGAAACAUACCAGCUUUCAGUCGACGUACAUCCCGACGUUUCAUCACUCUGAACAACUGCAGCUGGCCUGGUCCAUGUCUCAGAUACUUAACAAUGCCUUGGUUAUUCUGGCUGUGUCAAAGGUUCCCUCGUUUCUGGGCUGUACCGCCAUCCUAAGAUUGCUUAUUCGUCUACCGGGGUUUUGGAGUCUUCUUUCCUUGUUUGUAAUGACUAUUGUAGGCUAUGGAAUGAUUCUCUCACUGGCAAAUAACAAAAUGGAAAUCGCUUUGAUUAUGGGUUUUGCGAUCGACAAUGGAAUUCAAGUCGUCUUAAUUUGCCUUCUUAAUUUCACCCAGGUAAACCACUCUCGAGGAGAAUUUCCUUUUAAAGUGUUUUGUUUUGUUAAGAUAAACAUAUUCCUUUUGGUUCUGUCGUAUUUCUCAACUUUUGUGAUUGGCUCGGUACAGUUUUCUCUUCGUGUUUAUGGUUUUGAUGAGAACACGGGAAUUUCUGAUGAAUUUCGCGCUUUAUUUAUCGCAGUACGGAGAUUUACGCAGAUUCUAUACUGCUACAAAAUCUUUGUAUUUUACUGGGAAAAGUUCCUUGUUGAUCAUAGGAAUAUCCUACAGUGUCGCUACGAUUAUUUAGAUGAGUUACACGAAAGCAGUGCCACAAACACACAGAGGGGUCUGGGUCAGGCUGCUGGAAUCUCAGUUACCGCAGACCAGAAUGACGUAAUCUAAGGGAUCGAUAAGCUUUGGUCGAUUCUUGCGUGAACAUAUGACUAAACGAUUUUGGUGAGAGUGUUGAAAUAUACUAGUUACGCAACGUUUUCGAGUAGUAUAUCAUGGAAUAUCCUACGAGUCACUUGAUACAAGUGACAAGUAGGAUACUUCAUGGUAUACCACGAGAAAGCGUUACAUAACUAUUUUACACCAUGCCAUAGAAAAUACAGUGGUCAACAAAAUCAAUGGGACAUACGCGCGGCACUUGAUGGGAAGUCUGGGCGUAAUACCGUCGAAUAUACAACGGCUUUCCUGUUUUCUAAUUGGCUGUAUUUUGUGUGGCGUGGUAUAAACAGACAUAUUUUAAAGUAAGUGUUAGUACUUGAAAAGAAUACCUGUAUUUUCUUUGAAGCCUUUAAUUUCAUACCUUACAGCUGACUAGUGUUGAGCGGUACUGAGCCAAUUAUGUAAUAUAAUGAUUUUUGUUUAACAAUGAGCUCUACAAGGCCUAGCAAGAUUUACUUUCUUUCAGUCUCAAUUUUUUUUUUCUUUUCGGUAACUUUCGUAAAGAAAGAAAGUUGGCUAUGCAUAUUAUUCUGCAUCUUCAUGUAAAUACAUAAUAUUUAUAUCGCACAAUUGUCAAAUAUCUGUCGGUAUUUGUAGGACCGUGGCCAGUAUGAGGUAAUCGAAACCGAGGCACUUACCUCAGCCAUUUCUUUCGUUUUAGGCUUUUUAUGGAGGGGUUGAAGGUAAAACACUGCUUAAUACCAGGAAGAGAAUUUAACCACAGUCUUUACCUUUUAUCUUUUAUGUAUCGAUAUAUCUACUAUACAUUUCAAGUUCGCGAAAUUCUACUAAGAACUUUUCAGACGGACAAUAUAUACUUGAAGUUCAUACUGCACAAGUAAUCGCGCAAUAUUGCGACCAGUAGUUUGUCAGUGCACGUGUUUUAUGUAAACCAAUUAAUUCUUAUAGCAUGGGUGUAAAAAUAAACGAUAUUUUUCUCAACAAAAGUGGUUCGCUCAAUCACCUUAUCUCGAAACAAACCACGCAGCCUUGCGAAAAUAUCAAGGAUUUAAAAGAGUUAUAGAAGCAAAAGAAGAGGUGCGGAAUGAGGAUGAGGGGUGGAUUGGGUGGCAAGGUUGACCGGGGUGGUCAUAAGGCAUACGGGGGCUUUUACACGCAGACAAACACGAACUUUUCGACCAGCGAAGGAAACUUACAAAAGAUAAAAAAACGAUGAAAUUUAUAACUUCAAAUAAACGACAGUUCGUAUAACUCUUGGAAAGUGUUGAAUAAAACAAACCAACAAACAAACAAACAAAGACAAAUCAAGAAUCACACACUCGUCUACGCCUCGUGCUUCGUUACGUGAUUUCCAUCAUCAUCACGUCAGACCGACCAAUCAGAGACCAGCGGGACUAACCGAGGAAAAUGGAAUGAUAUUUUCCGAUCAAACCGGGCCGACCAAGAGGAAUGACUCUUGCCAUUUUCUAUUCCUCUCCCCAAUCCACCACGUAAGUGAAAUCUUCUGAAGAGAGGAAGGGCAGUGAACCGGUUUGUUAAAGUGGAACGGCGAUUUCGCUCCGACCGGUCCGACCGACCAAAGUGGACCAGUUCCAGAGGUGGUCCCGAAUAUUCCAUUUGACUUCCGACCGAAAGUUCCGGAAUAUUUUAGCAUGAUGGAAAGCACGCACGUUUUCAUGGUUUCGUCAAUGAUACCAAAACCAUUAUGGCGCCAGCGUAAAUACGGUUCUCAACCGGUUCUCGGUGACUCAGCAUAUCUUCCACCCGUGCGUGGCGAAAUGUUUCACCCAUUGAGAGAAUUUCAAUCAAGGGAUUUUACAGGUUUGCAGUAACAUAAUGCCGCAUAGUAUGUGAAGUAUUACCUGAGCUUGUUUUCUGUCAAACUACCCAAGACUACAGACGCGAUAGAACGAAAGAGAAGUUUUAGACCAUAACUUACGAGAGACUUAGCACUUCCUGUGACAGCUUGAUUGGUAAGCGUACGGAGACCAAUCCUCAUUUAAGUAAUCAUAUGCGGCGAGAUCACGUUUUUUAUUAACUCAAUGGGUUCAUUUUCGUGAAUAAAUAGAAAUUUCUGGAAGCAUUUUCUAGCGACAUACAAAGGAAAUUGCUCAAGUAAUUAAAGGCAUUGGCUGAGAUGUUACGUCUUAGUCUGGUAGCGCUGAGGCAGCAAUGGUCGAUUAAUUUUAGCUUUAUUGACGGUUUUUCUAUAAGCAAGCGUCUUUUCUCUCUUUCUUUGUCAUCGCUCUCUUUUUCGAAAAGAUUUCUGAGAGCUCUCUAGUGUAAGCCUGGAAGUUACACCGUGUUUUGAUUUGAACAAUUUAGGUCUGACUACUCAAAUGCGUUCAUUGGCGCUUCUUGUAGUCUAGAGCGAGUGAAAACGGCAAGCGACGGCCGAUGGUAAAACUCCAGCGCCAAACAAUGGUUAAAAAUAUUGGAAGAGUAUUAAAAAACAGGGUUAUUUUCAUACUGACGACGUAUUUUUACCAAGUUUCCACGUGUUAACUUCUCUGGAGUAACAAAUUUGAAUAAUUGACCAAACGAGAGGAGUCCGCUAUUAACAUGCAAGGAAGAAGAUUGUUGAAUUAGUUUGCCAAUUAAACCAACAAGAAAAACGCUCGAUUGGGAGGGUUUCAUUAGGCCUGCCAGUCAUCCAUAAGCGACAAGAAACCAAAAUAAACAAAUUUUACACCAGCUGCCUUCUUGUUUUCGAAAUAUACCCUACAAGUUAAUCUGCCCAGUGUUACUGACGUCGAAAUAAUUUUCUACAUGAUUUGGUUCUUUCCGUACUUUGCGCAAUAUAGUGUUCUGAUUAUCGAAGACGACAAGUAACAAAUGUUUUUCUAGCAAUCUGUCGAAUCAGGCACCGGAUACGACUAGAAAAAAUUACUUUGAUCAGCGAAAAAUCAACUGAAGUGUAAACUAACAGUUUGAUCGCCAAAAGAGGCUUCCAUCAAGUGACGCCUCCUUGAAAACGAGGGCAGUCUUAAUACGUGGUCCAAUACGAAUCUUACUGAAAACAAAAGAAGCCGUUUCGAGGCUUAGGGAAAUAAUAUAAGAUAACUAUUUCGUUCCCGAAGCCUCGCAAUCAAGUGGAAAUUUGGUAUUAUUGCUGAUGUAUCCAUGACGACUAAACACUCACUUAUCAUGUUGUGACGGUGAGAAUCCAUUUGGCAGCCGUGGUGAAAGGUGGGUUUUGUAAACUGUAAGACAUACGUACGAUAAAACUAAUAAGCAAAUGGGUUUUUUGCUUCGUUACUCGAAGGAAACUAAUAGAUAUAAUGUAUUAUGGUUUUCCGUAUGAAACCAAGUCAAUUUUCAACUCUGUCCUAUUUUUUUCAAUGUCCUUCAGCUCGUAGUCUGCGAGUUUUA